CGAGGCCCAGGAGGCCAGGGCUCGAACCUUCUCUCCUCCUCGCCUUCGCCUCGGGGCUUCGCCUUCCUUCCUUCCUUCCUCCACGCGAACGAAACCGAAGCCCGAAUCCAAAUCAAUCCUCCCCCACACCCUCCCUCUCGAGGCGCCCCCUUGUCGCCGAGGCCUGAUCCGCCUCCCUCUCCGGAGACGCCGCCUCUCCUGGUGGCGUCGGCCCCUUGCCCCUGCCUGUGGGUUGGUCGGUCGGUCGGUUGCCGAUGAGGGUGGUGCUGGCGGUGGAGGCCGCGGGCGCGGCGGCCUCGUCGGCCUCGGUGCUCAACGGCGCCGUGGACUGGUGGCGCGACGUCAACGAGUCGCCUCUGUGGCAGGACCGCAUCUUCCACGCGCUCGCCGUGCUCUACGGCAUCGUCUCCGCCGUCGCGCUGGUCCAAUUGAUCAGAAUCGAGUGCAGGGUGCCUGAGUAUGGCUGGACGACGCAGAAGGUGUUCCAUUUUCUGAAUUUCCUCGUCAAUGGCGUGCGGUCGGUCGUGUUUGUGCUGCGACGCAAUGUCCAACUCUUACAGCCUGAGAUAAUACAGCAUGUGCUUCUCGAUAUGCCUGGGCUUGCGUUCUUCACAACGUAUGCACUUCUGGUGCUGUUCUGGGCAGAGAUUUAUUAUCAGGCACGCGCGAUGUCGACUGAUGGGCUUAGGCCAACUUUCUAUUGGAUCAAUGGUGUGGUCUAUGCAAUUCAGAUAAUUUUAUGGUUGGUUUUGUGGUGGAAACCAGUUCGAGUUAUGGUUAUCAUGUCAAAGAUGUUCUUUGCAGGUGUAUCAUUAUUUGCAGCUCUUGGGUUUCUUCUCUAUGGGGGAAGGUUAUUCCUGAUGUUGCAGCGUUUCCCUGUAGAAUCAAAAGGAAGGCGUAAGAAAUUGCAGGAGGUUGGCUAUGUGACUACAAUCUGCUUUUCUUGCUUCUUGAUCAGAUGCGUCAUGAUGUGCCUUAAUGCAUUUGAUAAAGCUGCAGAUCUUGAUGUUCUGAACCAUCCGAUCCUGAACUUCUUCUAUUACUUGCUGGUUGAGAUCGUGCCUUCAGCUCUGGUGCUCUUCAUUCUACGGAAACUGCCUCCAAACCGAGGGAUCACGCAGUACCACCCAAUCCAUUAGAGAGCAGGCCCUGGGCAGACAGGCUGAAUGUUAUAGUCCAUACAGCGUGGUAAAUACAGGAAGGCAGUGUGAAAAAGCUACCACCCUUGCUCCUGCUCCCGAGCUUGCCCAGUUUUUUAUACGAGGAAAGGUUUUUUAGAAUCCCAGGUUGCUAUUGUGUGUAAAAGUGCAAAUCCCAUCUUCAGAUCUAGAAAAUGUAACUUAUAUAACUUUGUUCAUCUCAGUGCAUAUCAUCUGUACACCACAGCAAUUGUUUGCAUGUUUAUUUCGCAGUAA